AUGAUACUAGAGUCCACAAACCUGCAGGUAUUUAUCCACCCAAUACAAACUUGCAUGUAUUUAUCCACUGAAUCUACAACCCCCCCCCCCCCCCCCCCCCCCCCUCUCUCUCUCUCUCUCUCUCUCUCUCUCUCUCUCUCUCUCUCUCUCUCUCUCUCUCUUUCUAUUUCUCUCCAGCCAGGGAACACUGUGUGCAGGGAGAAGGAAGGCUUUUGAUACAAUCAAUAUCAAUAGAUUUGAGCCGUUUCACUUGGAGCUAUCCUGUGUGUGUGUGUGUGUGUGUGUGUGUGUGUGUGUGUGUGUUUGUGUGCGUGUGUAUGAGAGAGAGAGAGAGUGAGAUAUAGCGAGAGAGAAAGAGAGACACGAUAGCCUUGACUGACUGACUCACGGUUUCUCAUGGUUACGCAAUCAAUCCUCUCACUUCAGCAUAACAUUCUGCUCCUCCUCUCCUCUCCUCCUCUUCUCAGAAGACCCUCAGUCCUCUCUCUUAUUUUCUCCUCUUCUUUUCUCUCUCUUCUGUUCCCUCUCUCCCUCUGCUCAUUUCCCCUCCCUCCAAUCUUCUCUCCUCUUCUCUUCCCUGCUCUCCACUCUUCUUCUCAUAUCUAUCAUCCUCUCCUCGCCCCCUCUCUUUUCCACUCCCCUUCUCCUCUUCUCUCCCCUCGUCCUCUUCCUCUCAUCCCUCUGUCAUAAUCACCUCUCUGACAUCUCAUCUCAGGUUGUCUGUUUAUCGUACUGCUGUGUGUUCCCAGCCACUGAUUCACGUCAUUACCUUAUCAUUACCUUAUCAUCACCUUUUAUUACAUGAUCCUUAUUGUUACAUUAUCAUUACCCUUUCUGGCAUGAUCAUUAUUGUUACAUUAUCACUGCCCUUUAUUACAUUAUCCUUAUUCUUACUCUAUCAUUGUUGUAAUUGCUGUUAUUGUUAUUACAUUUACAUUUUAGUCAUUUAGCAGACGCUCUUAUCCAUCAUUGCAUUAUCAAUAUUAUUACCUUGUCAUUCUUUUUUUUAAACCUUCAUUAUCAUGGCCUUCUUCAGUGUGUGCUAGCUGCUUCUAAACUAAUCUCGUCCACCAGCCAGCCGGCUCUCUUUGCCUGUCUAUAUGCAGGAGCAAUUGAGCCUGGGGCCGGCUCUCUGUCUGUCUAUAUGCAGGAGCAAUUGAGCCUGGGGACGAGGUUACUACUGAACUAGCUAGUAGCUUCUGAUUGUUAUAGAUUUUUUAUUAGUAGCCCAUUACCUUCUGCAUGGUGGCCUCCAAGUUACAUGAGGCAGGCAAAGAGAGACUCCUGAUUUAGAUGUUAUUUUCCUGGUGAAAGGCAGCGUAGAAUUAAAUUGCAGCUCUUGUUUUCUAGUGCAGUCUUCUCCUCUCAUCCAUCCGGCCCGUGUUUCUAAUAUAUUAUUUGAUUAUCUUCAUCAGCAUCGCUCUGACUGUCAUUAUGAUUUUAAAGCAGCCUCUUAUGUCCCGAAGAGGUCUUCAGAUCCCCUCUCAUGCUAUUUGCUGUAUUAUCAUGGUAAUCAACCUAAUUUAUUAUAAUGGAUUUGGAUUGCUGUUGAAGGUUCCUUGUUGAUGAAUGUAAUGGGUGUUUUCUGAAGUCAUUGUCUGGUAUGGAACCUGGAGCGUUAGGUAACCUGAACCGUGCUAUAACGCCUAUAUAUAACUAUAUAUACUAUAAACUAUAACUAUAUCAUAAUUAAGCAAUAAGGCCCGAGGGGGUGUGGUAUAUGGCCAAUAUACCACGGCUAAGGGCUGUUCUUAAGCAUGAUGCAACGCGACGGUGCCCUUAUUGCUAUUAUAAACUGGGUACAAAUAUAAUUAGAGCAGUAAAAAUAAAUGUUUUGUCAUACCCGUGGUAUACGGUCUGAUAUACCACGGCCAAUCAGCAUUCAGGGCUCGAACCACCCAGUUUAUAAUAAUAUAUAUAGCACUAUAACUCAUAUAUCUAUAUAAUAAAACUAUAUAAAACUAUAUUUUCACUCAUGUGAAGACCAAGUUAAUUCUGGUACCUGUCCAAGUGGUGGUUCCAGGAUGUGAAACCAGAGUACUAGGUACAGUAACGUUAACGCGAUGGUGCCAGUAGUUCUUAAACAAAGGGACAUGCAUUAACAUCACUCAGGUGGGUUUGGUAGAAUUCCAUUCAACAGUAGCCAUGUGUGUGUGUGUGUGUUUCUGUAUGCAGUGCGGUGAGGGGUGGGUGUGUGCAGCUGCCCUGGGCUGGGCUGAAGGCAGAGGAGGCAGGAUGCUGUGGCUCUCCCUGCUGUCUGUGGUGGUCCUGGGGUGUGUGACCCCGACACACACACACACUCACACCCCGACGCCCACCUCCACACACACCCCUAUGGUGGACAGCUCGGAGGAGGAGGUGGACGAACCGUGCUUCGAGCCGUGCACGUGCGAGGUCAAAGAGGGCGUGUUGCACGUGCACUGUGAUGGGCGGGGCUUCACUAACGCCAGCCAGGUGAUUACCUUAAUCUAAUGUACUUCAUAUUAUAAUAUACAUACUGCAGUAGUAUAUUAAUAAACAGCCCUGUUCUGCACUGUACUGCAUUUGUAUAUGAUAAAAAUAAAGUCCACCAACCAAUCAAUCAAUCAGGUGUCCCAGUCCUGGCUCCGCCCCUUCAAGCUCAACCUGCAGAGGAACUCCUUGAGGCGUCUCUAUAGCAACGGCUUCCUGCACCAUAGCAAUGCCGUGGCGAUAAACCUAGGCAACAACGCGCUGCAGGACAUCCGCGCCGGAGCGUUUCAUGGUCUGGGGACACUGAGACGCCUCUACCUCCACGAGAACAAACUGGAGGUGUUCCGCAACGACACCUUCUCUGGCCUGGAGGCACUGGAGUACCUGCAGGUAGGCCUGCCAUCAUUACUACCCAUCAGAACCCUCAAUAAACACUAUGAUCAAUCCUCACCAAUAAUCACUGUGAUCAGUCAUCAUCCAUACUUACUGUGACAACGAUAAUACGUUAUGUGUGAUCUCCUGAGCCGGGUGAGUUCCUGUUUGUGUCAUAAUGUCAUUUGACUUUACCUCUAUCCCCUCUACCUACAGGCUGACUACAAUGUCAUCAAACGCAUCGACAGCGGGGCGCUACGCUACCUGCAUAAACUACGCGUGCUCAUCCUCAACGACAACCUGAUCCCUGCUCUACCUCCUCACCUCUUCAGGUAUCUACCUGCUUAUUAACCCUUCACUGUGUUACACGUGCCUUACCAUGUCCACAUGAUGGGUCUGUUUCUCACUCUGACCAAGGUAACUGUCUGAAAAAGUUGUUUUCAAUCACAUUUAUAACAUGUAUCAAUCAUGUUCCUUAUUCUUCAAUAACAUGAUCACCAAUUCCAAUUCCAAUUUUUCGCAAUGUGGAAAUUGGAAUUUCAGUUUCAUUCCUGAAUUGAAAUGGAAUUGACCCCAGCCCUAAUGAUCCCUUCCACCCCCAGAUCUGUGUCUCUGACCCACCUGGACCUGCGGGGGAACCGUCUGAAGAGCCUGGCCUACGCCGGGACCCUGGAGUACGUGGGCCGCAGCCUGAUGGAGCUCCAGCUGGAGGAGAACCCCUGGAUCUGUGGCUGUGAGGCUGUCCAGCUGCAGACCUGGCUGGGACACAUCCCCUACACUGCGGUGGUGGGGGACAUCACCUGCGAAUACCCCUUCCACCUGCACGGGAAAGACCUGAGGGAGAUACCACGCAAAGAGCUGUGUGCUGGAGAGGUGGAGGGAGAGGGGGAAAAGGAGAAGGAGAAGGAGGGAGAGAGGGAGAAGCAAGGAGGGGUACAGCCUCCUCAGCAUCCGCCCUCUAACCCCAAAGCGAACCCCAACCCUGGGAUGCCCAGACCCACCAAGCCAUCCUCCAUGGUUCACCAUCAGAACACACAUACCUCAUCUUCGUCAACGUCUUCAUCAUCAGCGGAGCGGAGGGAGAGAGACAGGUCCCCUCGGCCCACCAAGCGUCCCCGGCCCUCCAGGACGCCCCCCACCCAGCGUAGCCUCCUCCUCAACCAGCCCCCUCCCAUCGCGGGGUACCAGACUCGCCCCCCCAUCCCCAUCAUCUGUCCUCUGGGGUGCACCUGUAACCUCCACAUCUCAGGUACAGUUUGGAUGGUACCUCUUUGGCUCAGCAGUGUGACAUCAUCACACACAGCGGGGUGACUUCCUGCUCACAGAUAUAAACAACAACAACAUUUGAAUAGGCCAAGACUGCUACUAUUGGGCUCUUCACAAUGUGGCCAUGCCACAAGGGACACAAACUACAGGGACAAUCAUGGCACUACGCACCAGCAGUGACAAAUCUGAAUGAUGUUGUUGUCUGUAAACAGGAAGUCGCCCCGCUGUGUCUGAUGAUGUCAUACUGCUGAGACUACCUUUGCAUAUGUGCUCAAUGCAAAACACUUUGGGCUGAAAUGUUGUAUGAAAAGAGCUGUACAAAUAAAGUUGAUUCACUAUAAUUGUUCCAGACCUAGGGUUGACAGUCAACUGUAAGGAGAGGGGCUUCCAUAACGUGUCCCAGCUCACGCCACGCCCCCUCAACGGACGGAAGCUGUACCUCAGCGGCAACCUCAUCCAGUGGAUCUAUAAGUCAGAUUUCUGGAAUUUUUCCAGUCUGGAUCUACUUCACCUGGGAAACAACCGGAUCUCCUUUAUUCAGGUUGUUGUUAGCCAGAGGAUCUCCUUUAUUCAGGUUGUUGUUAGCCAGAGGAUCUCCUUUAUUCAGGUUGUUGUUAGCCAGAGGAUCUCCUUUAUUCAGGUUGUUGUUAGCCAGAGGAUCGCCUUUAUUCAGGUUGUCAUUAGCCAGAGGAUCUCCUGUAUUCAGGUUGUCAUUAGCCAGAGGAUCUCCUGUAUUCAGGUUGUCAUUAGCCAGAGGAUCUCCUGUAUUCAGGUUGUCAUUAGCCAGAGGAUCUCCUGUAUUCAGGUUGUCAUUAGCCAGAGGAUCUCCUGUAUUCAGGUUGUCGUUAGCCAGAGGAUCUCCUUUAUUCAGGUUGUCGUUAGCCAGAGGAUCUCAUUUAUUAAUGUUGUCUUUAGCGAGAGGAGCUCCUUUAUUCAGGUUGUCUUUAGCCAGAGGAUCUCCUUUAUUCAGGUUAUCUUUAGCCAGAGGAUCUCCUAGGGUUCAGAUUAUGUUUUGCCAGAGGCUUCAUACACGGGGAGCACUGAUGGCCAUGUUUGAUAUCUAUGAUUUAAUUAUGCGUAAAAAAUAAACAAUAGGCCUAUUACCUAGAUUACAGCGUACACAUGGAUAAAAUUGAGGGGCCCUGUAGCGCAAUGGGCAAGACGCCCCUGUAUUUACCUUCUCUUUUGCUCCCUCUCUGUCUCUGUCUCUCUUUCGCUCGCUCUCUCUCUCCCUCUCUGUCUGUCACGCUCUCUCUCUUUCUCUGUCUCUUUCUCCCCCCCCCUCUCUCUCUCUCUCUCUUUGUCACUCUCUCUCCUUUCUCUCUCUCUUUCUCUCUGUCUGGUUUUCCAGGAGGGAGCGCUCUCCAGCCUGCCGACCCUGAGGAGUCUCUACCUGAACGGCAACAACCUGCAGAGGCUUAGCCCACACAUGUUCCUGGGUCUUCUUAACCUCAGGUAGGACUGACAGGCACACACAUGCACACACACACACACACACACACACACAAACACACGCUCCUGGCUUCUAUAUGAUCAUGUCUCCCUGUAGGUACCUGUACUUUGAGUACAAUGAGAUCAGUGUGGUGGAGGCGGGAGUGUUCAGCCCCAUGCCGUCUCUCCAGCUGCUCUUCCUCAACGCUAACCUGCUGAGGUCACUUCCUGUCGGAGUGUUCCAGGGCAUCUCCCUCUCCCGCCUUAACCUCCGCGACAACCACUUCCUCAGCCUGCCUGUAGAGGGGGUGUUAGAGCACCUCACUGGACUGGUGCAGGUAGGGGGAGGAAGGGAUGGGGAGGGGUGUUUGUAGGGGGUUACGUGUGUGUGCAGACAGGGUGUGUGUUGUGGGGCGGUGUGUAUGGGUAUAGGUGUUUGUGUGUAAAGUGUAUGGGGACAGAUGUGUGUGUCAGUCUGUCUGUAAAGGGAAUCCAAGAGCAUCUAACUGGACAAGUCCAGAUAUGUAUAAUUUUGUACAGCACCAAUCACAUUCCUUUUGUCAUUAUCUCCUCCCAGGUGGACCUGCAGCAGAACCCAUGGGAGUGCAGGUGUGAUGCGGCCCCUCUGAAGCACUGGCUGGAGGGCCUGAGUGCGGUGGUGGUGGUGGGGGAGGUGGUCUGUCACUCACCAGAAGAGACCACAGGUACUGGUGCUAAGUCUCAUGGCAGCACAGUUCACAUUACCAUUCCCCUCCCCUUGACGCUUCCCGCACUUCCCAGGUGUAA